GCCAGGACUUCUCCAGCGCAGAAGAGAGAUGUUGCUCUUCCCGCUCCAGACCUCGCGAACGCCUCGCAGCUCCUCUCCUGUGGCCCUGGCGGCGCCGGCGCGGGACGCACGGGCAGGGCGCACGCCGGCGCCCGGGCUCUCGGUCACCAGGAUCCUUAGGGUGGUCUUCUUGCUCAUCGUUGUUGCUCAGCAAGUUGUCCCCAGCGAAGCUCAUGAGCCAGUUGCCCUUCUGCAAUGGGAGCCGAGUGAGUUAUGUCCGGCAGGGUCCUACUUGUCACAGAACAGUAGGAGGUGCGAAGAAUGUGAAGAUGGGGUAGACUACACGAGCUACCCGAAUCAGCUCCCGUCAUGCAUCUCCUGCAGGGCCUGUGCCCAAGACGAGUAUCAAAGAUAUCCAUGCAACAGAACCAACAAUGCUGUUUGCUACUGUAAGGAAGGCACUUUCCGGGAAGAAGGGUCCCCUGAAUUCUGCCGGAAGUGCCGGACCAGCUGCCCGGAUGGGAAGGUGAUGGCAAGUCCCUGUACCCCCUGGAGUGACCUCAAGUGUGUGGACGAAGAGUCAGGUACCAAGGCCACUGAGAAAGCCCCAGCUCCUGGAAGGCCAGUGACCAGCAGUCCAAGGACUCCCGCCUCUCCUUGUCCUUCCAUAGACUCGACUCUCCCCACAGCAGUGACCGUCACCAUAGCUUUCCUGACGUUGGUUUUGGCUGUGCUUGUUUGGAAGUGUGGAUGGUGGAGAAGACUUCCUGACUGUAGGAACAUCCUUUCAAGGUUGCCUGGCAUUCAGGCUCUUGUCCGGUGUCUGAAGUCCAGGCCUCCCAGGGAAGAGUUGCUGCGUGAAGCCCCUACCUCCUCAUCGGAGAGACCCUGUUCUCUUCCAGGCUCUGGACAAGACUCCGAGCACAUGAGUGGAAUCCUCAUCAAGCCCUCAGGGCCCCCGAGAAGGUCUGAAGCUCAGGACAAUGACCACAAUGAGGCGCUCAGCGAGACAGUCUCACCGCCUUCCCCGAUCUCGGAGCCCGAAAGACAACAAUAUAAAGAAGUAGCAGGUGUCAGCGAACAGUGCCCAGGGGAGGCGGACUGUCUGUUGCAGCGACCUGCAGAAGCAGGGAGGUCACCGGUGAGAAGGAAGCGGCUAGUCCCAGUGAAGGAUGUUGAGCCCAUCACGGCACUAAGGAAGAUCCUCAAUUACGCUACAGAAGUUGUGCAUUUUAACACCUGGGACCCAUUCAUGAGGGAGCUGGGCCUCACACCCAAUGAGAUACACGUAGCAAGAAGUUGCAACCCAAAGGAGCCACUGUAUGAAAUGCUCCAGAAAUGGCUCAGUAAAACAGGACACAGUGCGUCCAUCAACACACUGCUGGAUGCCUUGGAAAAAGUGGGAGACAAACUUGCCAGAGAAAAGAUUGAAAACCAUGCAGUGAAGUCCGGGAAUUUCAUCUAUCAAGAGCAUGAAGCAGACUCUGUUGAGUCAUUGGAGUAAAGGGACAUUUUUAGAUUAUACAGUUUGUGACUAUGAAUGCUACUUGAAUAGGUUCAAAAUGUACAGUAGUUUACUAAAGCACAGAUAUAGAUGUGUCUGUGGAUGACCGACAUGUAAGCCAGUAAACUGAGGAUAUCUGGGAAAAUCCAAUCCAAAUGUGGGUGCACCAACCAAUAGGCUGGUAGCCCAAGUAAAAUAGAAAAUGAAAAAAGAA